AUGCCCACCCCUCCCGCGCGCCCAAGGGCAAGACCGCGAACAGGGGACGAGAUCAUCACCGUUCUCUAUACAAGCCCUAAGGCCCGCCCUCAUUGCGGAGGGUUCGAGAACCAAGAGUUUAUCACUCUAGGGUAUCGAGGAUAUCAAUCAUCAACCAGGGUGGGAUCUGUAGCUCCUUUAGGGAACCAAGAGUAG